GCAUAGGAAAUUGUCGGUUGUCAACAAUGUUAUUUUGAUGUUUGACGUUUAUAUUUGUUGUGUGCCGUGAACAAUUUGUUGAGGAAAAAUGGCAGAGCCAGAAUUAAAUGUAGACAGUUUAAUACAAAGAUUAUUAGAAGUAAGAGGGAUGAGACCGGGCAAAUCGGUCCAGAUGACCGAGUCCGAAGUGCGCGGUCUCUGCCUCAAAUCCCGCGAGAUCUUCCUGCAGCAGCCGAUCCUGCUGGAGCUCGAGGCGCCGCUCAAGAUCUGCGGCGACAUCCACGGUCAAUACACCGACCUGCUGCGUCUCUUCGAGUACGGGGGUUUCCCCCCUGAAGCCAACUAUCUGUUUCUCGGAGACUACGUCGAUCGCGGCAAGCAGUCCUUGGAGACGAUAUGUCUACUGUUAGCGUACAAGAUUAAGUAUCCAGAGAAUUUUUUCCUGCUCAGAGGUAACCACGAAUGCGCCUCCAUCAACAGGAUUUAUGGGUUCUAUGACGAAUGUAAAAGAAGGUACAAUAUAAAAUUAUGGAAGACAUUCACGGACUGCUUCAAUUGCUUACCCAUUUCCGCCAUUAUCGAUGAAAAGAUUUUCUGCUGUCACGGUGGACUGAGUCCAGAUUUGCAAGGAAUGGAACAAAUCAGGAGAAUAAUGAGGCCGACAGAUGUACCAGACACCGGUCUUCUUUGUGACCUUCUUUGGUCCGAUCCAGACAAAGACGUCCAAGGGUGGGGCGAGAACGAUCGAGGUGUUUCCUUCACCUUCGGAGCAGACGUCGUAAGCAAAUUCCUGAACCGACACGAUCUCGAUUUGAUCUGCCGCGCCCACCAAGUUGUCGAAGAUGGCUACGAGUUCUUCGCCAAGCGACAGCUCGUCACUUUGUUCUCCGCUCCCAACUAUUGCGGCGAGUUCGACAAUGCUGGAGGGAUGAUGAGCGUGGACGAGACGUUGAUGUGUUCGUUUCAGAUUCUCAAACCGUCAGAAAAGAAGGCAAAGUACCAAUACCAGGGGAUGAAUUCAGGCCGCCCAUCCACACCGCAACGAAAUCCCCCUAACAAAAAUAAGAAGUAGAUCACUAACUUAUUUCUAGCCCCCCUCCUUCCCUUCCCUCUACACCUCCGCCCUAUCCUUACACUACUUUUUGUAUUCAUCUUAUCUGUCGACGAUGCAUUUGUAAUGAGUAGUUUCUCUAAGCAAUGCCCCCCGGAACAGAAUAAAAAAUGGUUUAAGCAUGUCAAGAACUAUUAUUGUAUAUUAUUUAAUGUUUUAUUAUAAUUUAUAUAUUGUAUUAUGUGACUGAUUGUUUUUUUUUCAGGUUUUUUUUUGUUGAGUGCUGACUGAAUUGCUUUGUAUUAUUUUUCUUUUGCGUUAUCCCGGCUUGGAUUUGUCAUUUGAGAUGAUCAUUUCAGCUGUAUUGUUUCCUUAAAUCGUCUACAAAAAUUUGUAAAAAUCGAACACUACAGAUUCUGCUGAUACUCAAAUCUUAGAAAUUUAGUGUAUGUAGCUCCCACUGAUGACACUCAUUGCCAAUUGUCAUCAAUCGAUUACUUUUACGAUUUAAAAAAGCAAAGAAAUUUAUAAAAGGACAUAUAACUUCAAUUUCGAUGAUUCUUUCGAGUUUAACGGUGGAAAUAUAACAGAAAGUGGGAGUAUCCCUCUCCCACUGACGCCACUGUCUUGUCAAAUGUCACCAAUCAGGCAGCUUGUCAUGUGUCAAUGUUUAAAUUGUAUUUCCGUCUUUUGCCACUGCUUCUGUGUAAUUAAAAAUAGGGAGUUUUUGUUGCUACGUAACGUAACGCAUCUCCGUAUACGUAAAGCAACUAACGUGUCGUAGAGGAUAAAUGUUAAAAUGGUAGUUUUUGUAACUACCUUAACGUAACGUAAAGCAAAUCGUAAAGUAAUUUUUAAAUUUCGUUGACAUUAAAAAAAUAAAACAAUGUUCACACAAUAUACAAUUAAUAUACAAAUGUAAAAAAAGAUAAAUGAAUGAUGAAAUUGAAUGGUGUUAAUUGCUUAUAUUUAAAUAUAAAAAUAUUAUUUUUCCUUAGGUUAAAAUUUUUUUAUUUUUGUUUAUACCUACUUUUUAGUUGUAAAUUAUUGUACCUACAUCAGAAUUCCAGUAUAAUGUAAAUAGUUUGGUAAUAUUUAUUUAAAAAUUUUACUGAAACUAGGUCAUUUGUUUAUCUAGUUAUUAAUUGUGGUGAUCACUGUAUUUCUUAAAUUAAUACAAGAUUUGUUUGUUUUGCUUUAUUAAUAGACAACUUAAAAACAAUAAAAUUUUAAAUCUAUUAUGAAGUUCCAAUUUCCAAUUACAAACACAGAAUAAUUUUACUCAAAUAGACUAAACCAAUAACCAAUAUAACCUUAAAAUGUAAGGGUAGUACGCUGAUGAAAUGUUCAUUUGGUUGGUAAUCGGGCAAGAUCCUCGUGUGAAUUCGGUGACUUUCGUCUCGAUAGGGAUGCGUUCUCACGUACGUAUCAGAGCGUUACUUUAGGUAAUACUUAUCGAGAUACGUGAGUUCAACUAUCAAUGCGCAAGCGUACAUGUCAAAAAGAUGCGUUACGUUUACGUAUUUGUGUGCACAAAGACUCCCUAAUAAUGCAUAAAGUUCUUCCAUUGACGUCACUUAUUGUCAAAUGUCACCAAUCAAUCACUUGUCAAUUUGCAAGCCUAAACUUUAUUUUGCUCUUUUGCCAUUGUUUUUUUAAGGGAGCAAAGAAAUUUAUAAAACCUCAUUUACCUUCAAUUUUGAAGAUUCUUUCGAAUUUAAUGAUGGAAAUAUAACAGAAAUUGUGAAUAUCCCUCUCCCAUUGACGCCACUGUCUUGUCAAAUGUCACCAAUGCGGCAGCUUGUUAUUUGUCAUUUUCUACACUGACUGAUUAUCUUAACUGACUAAUCUAUGCCUAAAUUUACAAUUAUUCGUGUUAAGUGUGUACCCACAUUGUACAUAAACACUUUCUUUUAAAAUUCACCGAGGAGCACUGUAAAUCCACAUACUAACUACUUAAAAGACAGUCUCCUGAAUUUUCAACCAUAGUGAAAGGUUUUCAAUCGUACAAUCAUCAAUAAAUUUAAGUUUGAAUGUU